UAAAUUAACAGUUAAAGCAUUAAAUUAUUGCAAAAGUUGAAGUGAUAGAGCACAUGAGCACAUGAUAUAAUAAAUUCCAACCUAUGAAUUAAUUGUUUCGUUUUUACGUUUAUUGUGACGAUACUAUUGUUCAUUGAACUUGCUAUUGAGAAAACGUAUAUACGUGUGUGUUUAUACAUGUUUAUAUUAAUUAUAUUGAGUAUCGUAUAUUUAUAUGACAGUCUAAUUUUCUCCCGGGUUUAUGUAAAUAGUGUGUUGGAUAAUAGUUCUUGGAAAUAUAAUAAAGAAUUAUAUUUCGUAUGUACAUGUAUAGUACAAAUUUCAUAUGGAAGAUUUAUAAAUUACAAGAAAUUUUACAAUAUAUGUAACUAAACGCUAUAUUACUUUUAUUGAAAGAUAAUUUGUUUUAUUAAAUAUGACUGAUUUUGAUAUGGAAGAUUCCUUAACUAAGUUAAAUACUCAGUUGAAUAAAAGCAUGGUCCUGAUGGACAACACAGAAACUGGAACAUCUCAACGAAGAAGUAAUAAAUCUAUAAAGAUCAAUACAAAAAUUCAACGUUCCAGUCUUCCUAAUUUACCUAUAUCUAGGAAAAGCAUUUUAAAAAGACCUGAGAAAAGAAAUGUAGUAGAAGCAGAAAAUAAUGAAGAAACUUUAAGUGAAACAAAUGACAGUAGACUAUCAUUGAAUGUGUCUACUGUAAGACCACACAAUAUCAAUGAUUUAGUACAACAAGAAGAUUUAAUUGCAGAAACUACAGAUACAACAUUUGACUUGGAUGAUUUAUCUGAUAGUGAAGAUAUAUGGAUUAUGGAUAUUCCUGGAACAGUAAAUCCACAAGAACUUAAAGGUCAAACUUUAGUAUUUGGAGAAAAAUCUAAAUUUAAAAUUAACGAGGAGAAAUACUAUGCAGUGAAUCAUGAAGUUAAAUGUAAUGUCACAUGUGUUUUCCAUGCUGGCAAAAUGAAAUCACAAUAUAAAACUGUUAAUAUGAAACCAGCGGGUACAAUUACUGUCAGACGAAAACUUUCAAACGUUUCAAAAAUUGAACCAAUGCAGAUAAAAAACUGUAGUGUACCGUUCCCAAAAAAUUUGAGAACACGACAUCCAUUAUUUGGUGUACAGUAUAAAGGUAAUAUUGGUAUCGUUCAAUAAAGUAAUUAUUCUAGAGGUAAAAAAUGGUAAUGGAAAAAUACAAUAUUAUAUAUCAUACUUUGUUUAAGCACUGUAUAUUAUUGAUGAAUUGCAACUAUAAAAAAUUUUUGCAUCUUUAUUUAUAAAAAGUUAAAUUAAUAGACAAAAAUAAAUAGAAAUAAUUUUAGCCUGACAAGAUAAACUGUAAAAUUAGGUUUUUGUAUUUUAUAAUAAAACGUAACACUUGAUUAU